AUGGCUGUAAGUUGGUUUAUAACCUGUUGUUUUGUUGGAUUUUAGGCCGGCUUUUCGGAUUUCGCGGGCUACAAAAGUAGGAUUAGUUGAUGCGAGGCUACAGCGAAAGCUUGACAAGGAUUUUUGGAGACUUCUGAAUAGAUUUUACGUUUUUAUAGUUUUAUAUAAUUACAAUUCUUGUUGCCUUGUGUAAUAGUAAUUUUAAACGGGAGAACUUGAGAAAAGUCACGUUGCUUCUUGAUAGUCUUGGUUUUUUUCUUAGUUUACGUUCUCAGCCUGCAAAAUUUAGUCUUUGUCGUUUGAGAAAAUCCAAGGAAUAUAGUCUAACGCAACAAGCUAAUUUCCUCUAAUUUUUCAGACAGUCUACGGAAACUCCGAAGGAUUCCGCGUUCAGAAGGUCCUGGUCGCCGCUAAGGUUGCCGGUAAGACCGUGCAAGUCAAGGAGAACGUGCCAGCCGACAAGUUCCCACUUGGCCUGACUCCAGCUUUCGAAGAGGGAGAAACUCGUCUUUUCGGAUCCGAUGCCAUCGUCCGUCAUUUGGCUGCUGGAAACAAACAGUAUCUGCCUGAGGUAAGAGCUUUAUUUUGUCUGUUUUGUUUUUAGACGCCUGUCCAUCAUGGAUAAUAUAAUUUUUACCUCAAAACUUGGAGUUCGUAUAAAAAGGCUAUUUAUAAUUUUAGGACCCAGCUCUCCUUCAAUGGUUCCAAUGGGCCGAUUCCGAGCUUCUCCCCAGCGCUCUUUCCUACGUUCUCCCAUCCAUCUCAGUCGCCCAUGUUGACCACGACACCCUCGAGCACGCCAAGAAAGAGUUCCUUGCCCAGCUCCAAGCCUUUGACAAAGUCCUUGCCUCCAAGACCUUCUUGGUCGGAGAACGACUUUCGGCCGCUGAUGUUUCUGUCGCAUUGAACCUCCUCCCAGCAUACCAACACGUUCUGGACGAGAAAGCCCGAAAGAGCUUGGUCAACGUUACCCGUUAUUUCUUGACCAUCGUCAACCAGAAGGUCGUGAAAGAGGUUGUUGGUGAAGUCAAGUUGGCCUCUGCCGUCGCUCAAUUCAGCCAAGAUCAGUACAACAAGAUCAAGCCCGCUCCAAAGAAGGAUGGUAAGGGAUUUAUUUUUUAUUUUUUGGCUUUAGGUUCAGUAGUGUUGAAAGCAUGAAUUGUAUGUUUUUCAGAGAAGAAAGAGACCAAGAAACCCGAGAAGAAGAAGGAAGACAAGCCCAAGCCAGCUGCUCAAGAGCCAGAAGAAGAUGAGCCUUCCGCUCCCGUCGAGAAGUUUGUUGAUCCCUUCCUCAAAUUCCCCGCCGGAAAGUUCAACUUGGACGGUUUCAAACGUGUCUACUCCAACGAGGACACCGACAAAUCCAUCCCAUGGUUCUGGGAGAACUUCGAGCCCGAGAACUACUCCAUCUGGUACGGUGAAUAUAAAUACCCCAAGGAGUUGACCCUCACCUUCAUGAGCUGCAACUUGAUUUCGGGAAUGUUCCAACGAUUGGAGAAGCUGAAGAAGCACGCCUUCGCCUCUGUCUGCCUCUUCGGAACCGACAACGACUCCUCCAUCUCCGGAAUCUGGAUCUGGCGUGGACACGAACUCGCCUUUGAGCUUAGCCCAGACUGGCAAGUGGACUACGAAUCCUACUCUUGGAAGAAACUUGACCCUGCCGACGAGAAGACCAAGAAGACCGUCAACGAAUACUUGGCCUGGGAGGGCGACUUCGAUGGAAAGAAGUUCAAUCAAGGAAAAAUUUUCAAGUAA